UUCUCUUAUAAACACAAACUGAGUACUGCUUCAGCAUUCAACCUUCAAUAAAAUCUCUCUACGCAUAGAUUGAGUAGUCAUGGAGGUAUUGAAUGGAACUGAUCUUCCAGUUAUCGAUCUCUCUCUCUUUCCCUCGCAAAAUGUUGAUCAAAACCAGCUGGAAAGCCAUGAGUUUACUAAGCUCAGGCAGGCUUGUCAGGAAUUGGGUUUCUUCCUGGUGGUCAACCAUGGGGUUAAUCCAUCUCUCAUCCAAGCGGUGGAUGGGAGGAUCAGAGAUAUGUUUGCACUGCCUACUGAAGCAAAAAACAGAGCUAUUUUCCCCAUUUUCAACACUGGGUAUUGCUCAUCUAUAGUAGAUGAUGUGGCAAAAGACUCAAUAGCUGAGAGCAUGAGCUUUCCAUGGGAUCAGCUGCUGCCCAACUCAGUUGAAAAAAUCUCUGCAAAACUAUGGCCACAAGGAAACCCUGUAUUCUGCGAGGAGUUGAAUGCAUAUGGAGCUCAAAUAAGGGAUCUUUCUCAUAGGAUUCUGAAGCUUCUUGUUUGGAGUCUGGGUGUGGAUGUAUCCAGUCAGUCUGCAUCAGAACUGUUUGAGAAAUCCUUUGGAACUGUUCGGAUGAAUUACUAUGAUAAGUGCACAGACAAGGAAAUGAUCUCCAGACCUCACACAGACGUGAGUUUCUUCACAAUACUAUACCAGGAUGAUGUUGGAGGUCUCCAGAUCAGAACUAAGGAAGGGAAAUGGAUGGAUAGUAAGCCUUUGCCUGGAUCUUUUGCUGUUAACGCCGGUGACAUUUUACAGAUGUGGAGUAAUGGGAGAUAUCGUAGUGCUGAACAUCGUGUGGUGUAUGGAAAGUCAAAUAGAAACAGGUUGUCAAUGGCUUAUUUUUUUGAUUUACUAGAUGAAUUUGAAAUUCGAUGUCCAAAAGAGACAAUUGACCAAGAGCAUCCACAACUAUUCAAAGUAGUUACAAAGGGAGAUACGGUGGCAUAUUUCAAGAAAGAAGGACCAAAUAUGGCUACUCCUCUACACUUUAGAUUGCAAUAGCAUGACUAAUUAGAUUUAAAUAAGAUUCUUUCAUUGAAUGUAAUGUUUCAAAGUUUGUAUUACAAUGUUGUUUUGAUA